CGCGUGCCGAGCGCGGCCCGGGCCGGGCAUGCGGCGGCGGCGGGACCGGGACCGGGACCGGGGCCGCCAAUGUGUCCAGAGUGAAGCAGCUCCCAGAGCAGGGCAAGGCCUCCAGCAUGGGCACAGAGCGGAGAGCGUCCUACGAGGACGUCUCUGGGGAGCCCGGGGGGCUCGGGGGGGUGGUCAGCACCAUCUCCAGCAGCAGGAGCCCCCUGCAGCCCCCCGAUGCUGAUGAUGGGGAGCCCUUCACCACCUACUUCGACAGCAAAAUCCCCAUCCCCGAGGAUGAGACGCAUUCCUGCUUCAGCUUCCGCAAGCUGUGGGCGUUCACGGGGCCGGGGUUCCUGAUGAGCAUCGCCUACCUGGACCCCGGCAACAUCGAGUCCGACCUGCAGUCCGGGGCUGUGGCGGGCUUCAAGCUGCUGUGGGUGCUGCUGCUGGCCACCGUCAUCGGGCUGCUGCUGCAGCGGCUGGCGGCGCGGCUGGGCGUGGUCACCGGGCUGCACCUGGCUGAGGUGUGCCACCGCCAGUACCAGAAGGUCCCUCGGAUCAUCCUGUGGCUGAUGGUGGAGCUGGCCAUCAUCGGCUCCGACAUGCAGGAGGUCAUCGGCUCUGCCAUCGCCAUCAACCUGCUCUCCGUGGGCAAGAUCCCUCUCUGGGGUGGAGUGCUCAUCACCAUCGCCGACACCUUCGUCUUCCUCUUCCUGGACAAAUAUGGCCUGCGGAAGCUCGAGGCGUUUUUUGGGCUCCUCAUCAGCAUCAUGGCCCUGACCUUUGGAUAUGAGUACAUCACGGUGAAGCCCAGCCAGGAGAAGCUGCUGCAGGGACUCUUCGUCCCCUACUGCCAGGACUGUGGCACACCGCAGCUGGAGCAGGCUGUGGGCAUCGUGGGCGCCGUCAUCAUGCCCCACAACAUGUACCUGCACUCUGCCCUGGUCAAGUCCCGGCAGGUGAACCGAGCGGACAAGAGGGAGGUGAGGGAGGCCAACAAGUAUUUCUUCAUCGAGUCGUGCAUCGCGCUCUUCGUCUCCUUCAUCAUCAACAUCUUCGUGGUGACCGUCUUCGCCGAGGCCUUCUUCAACAAAACCAACGCUCAAGUGCACCAGGUCUGUGCCAACGCCAGCAGCCCCCACGCCGGGCUCUUCCCUAACGACAACAGCACGCUGGAGGUGGACAUCUACAAGGGGGGCGUGGUGCUGGGCUGCUCCUUCGGCACCGCCGCCCUCUACAUCUGGGCCAUCGGCAUCCUGGCGGCCGGGCAGAGCUCCACCAUGACGGGCACCUACUCGGGCCAGUUCGUCAUGGAGGGCUUCCUGAACCUGCGCUGGUCGCGCUUCGCGCGGGUGCUGCUGACGCGCUCCAUCGCCGUCACCCCCACGCUCUUCGUGGCCAUCUUCCAGGACGUGGAGCACCUGACGGGCAUGAACGACUUCCUCAACGUGCUCAUGAGCCUCCAGCUCCCGUUCGCGCUGAUCCCGGUGCUCACCUUCACCAGCCUGCCCAGCCUCAUGCACGACUUCGCCAACGGCCUGUUCUGGAAGGUGGCCGGGGGCCUGCUGAUCCUCCUGCUGUGCAGCAUCAACAUGUACUUCGUGGUGGCCUACGUCAUGGCCCUGCGCAGCCUGCCGCUCUACGUGGGCGCCGCCCUGCUCAGCGUCCUCUACCUGGCCUUCGUGGCCUACCUGACCUGGCUGUGCCUCGUGUCCCUGGGCGCCUCCUUCCUGGCCUGCGGGAGCACGGUAAGCGUCACCCGCCCCCUGCACCCGGACCAGUCGCCCUCCCACCCCCCCAAGUAGCCCAAGAUGGGGGUCCCGGAGCCCCAGAGCCACCAACGGUGCCGUGGGGACACGGACAGCGCCGUGGGGACACACCCCGGGCAGGACACGGACACCCGGCGGCCCCAAAUCCCCCGAUGGAGCCACACCUGGGGGGGCACAGGAGCGGCCUGACCCCCUUCCCUGUUCUCCUUCAAAUCCCAAAUUCCUCAUCCCGGUGUGUUCAACCCCCUGUAGCACAAACACUCCAGGAACGCUGCUCUGCCACUCACCUGGACAAAAUAAGCUAAAAAAUCCCCAAAUCCCCUUUUUUUGUGGCAUUUGGGGACGCUGCUGGCGUUUGGUGUGGGGUGACACUACGGCUCUGCCACCCCACCCCGAGCAGAUUUGGUACUUCUCACCAGAAAACACUUCCCACGCCCACGAGGAUGGGAAAACUGAGCAUUAAUAAUAUAUUAUUUUAUCACUACUGGCUUUUAGUGGCCCCAUGUGGGGUUUUGGGGUCAGCAGAUGAAACGAGUUUGUGGUUAUUUAUGAUUUUAUGACUUUAUUCCCUGUGAUCCAUAGAAAUAUUUCAGAGUUCUCAAAAAUCCCUGGGUUUUAACUCAGAAUCAGGUUGUGGAGGCUCCGUGAGCCUUUUCCAGGGGUUUCUUUGCUGCUCCCUCUUGUCCUGGGUUUAAAUCCCUUGGAUCUCUGGAUCAUGAUUUAUUAUUUGGGAUUCCUGUGUCCAUCCCAGUCCUGGUUUAUUGUUUGGGAUACCUCAAUCCAGCCCAAUCCUGGUUUAUUUGGGAUUCCUGGAUCCAUCCCAGUCCUGGUUUAUUUUUUGGGAUUCCUGGGUCCAUCCCAGUCCUGGUUUAAUAUUUGGGAUACCUGUGUCCAUCCCAAUCCUGGUUUAUUUGGGAUUCCUAGGUCCAUCCCAGUCCUGGUUUAUUAUUUGGGAUAACUGGGUCCAUCCCAGUCCUGGUUUAUUAUUUGGGAUUCCUGGAUACAUCCCAGUCCUGGUUUAUUAUUUGGGAUACCUCAAUCGAGCCCAGUCCUGGUUUAUUAUUUGGGAUUCCUGGGUCCAUCCCAGUCCUCAUUUAUUAUUUGGGACUCCUGUGUCCAUCCCAGUCCUGGUUUAAUAUUUGGGAUACCUCAAUCCAGCCCAGUCCUGAUUUAUUAUUUGGGAUUCCUGGGUCCAUCCCAGUCCUGAUUUAUUAUUUGGGAUACCUGUGUCCAUCCCAAUCCUGGUUUAUUAUUUGGGAUACCUCAAUCCAGCCCAAUCCUGGUUUAUUAUUUGGGAUUCCUGGGUCCAUCCCAGUCCUGGUUUAUUAUUUGGGAUUCCUGUGUCCAGCCCAAUCCUGGUUUAAUAUUUGGGAUUCCUGGAUCCAUCCUAGUCCUGAUUUAUUAUGUGGGAUACCUCAAUCCAGCCCAGUCCUGGUUUAUUUUUUGGGAUUCCUGGAUCCAUCCUAGUCCUGGUUUAUUAUUUGGGAUACCUCAAUCCAGCCCAGUCCUGAUUUAUUAUUUGGGAUUCCUGGAUCCAUCCCAGUCCUGGUUUAUUAUUUGGGAUUCCUGGAUCCAUCCCAGUCCUGGUUUAUUAUUUGGGAUUCCUGGAUCCAUCCCAGUCCUCAUUUAUUAUUUGGGAUACCUCAAUCCAGCCCAGUCCUGGUUUAUUAUUUGGGAUACCUCAAUCCAGCCCAGUCCUGAUUUAUUAUUUGGGAUUCCUGUGUCCAUCCCAGUCCUGGUUUAUUAUUUGGGAUUCCUGGAUCCAUCCCAGUCCUCAUUUAUUAUUUGGGAUUCCUGUAUCCAUCCCAGUCCUGGUUUAUUAUUUGGGAUUCCUGUGUCCAUCCCAGUCCUGGUUUAUUUUUUGGGAUUCCUGGAUCCAUCCUUCCCACAACACAACGGCCAUGAGCCGUGGGAUUUGUGGGGUUGGGGGGGACCAGAGGUGGAUUUGGGGUUUGGAAUCCUGCUGUCCCACCCCCACCUUCCCCAGGCUGGAAAUUUGGGUUUCUCUGGCUGAAACGCUGCCUGUGCUGCACUAAUUUGGGUUUUGUUUUUUUUAUUUUUCCUCUGGUCCUGCUUGUACAAACCCCCUUUGCCAUUAAAAAAAAAUGGAGAUUUCCAA